UAUUUUUUACGACUAAAAACUCUAUUGUAAAUUUGUAAUACCGUUAUCUUGGUUCCAUAUAAAGCAGAAAAUGGCUGUAUCUCUGAGAUGCAGAAACAGCUCCUCCCACCUCCUCCUAACUCGCUUCCUCCACUCAGUGAGUCUCCCUCGUCGAAGGUGGUUGCAAACCGUAGCCUACGAAGAAUUGCGAGCUCACCCUGACAAACCCUACACCUCAACGGCCGUUUUCAUCCAUGGCUUUUUGGGAUCCUCCAGAAACUGGAGAUCUUUCUCUCGCAACCUCUUGGCCUCUCUCUCCAACUCCUCUCCCUCUUCCAAUUGGAGGACGGUGAUGUUGGAUCUGAGGAACCACGGACAAUCGACGGAGAGGGAACUGAAUCCGCCUCAUAAUAUGGAAAAUGCGGCCAAAGAUUUGGCCGAUUUGGUGAAGGCUGAAGGUUGGUCUUGGCCUGAGGUUGUUGUAGGCCACUCCAUGGGUGGAAAGGUGGCUUUGCAGUUUGCUGAGAGUUGUAGCCGUGGUGACUAUGGCCAUUUUGCUUCGUUGCCUAAACAGCUCUGGGUAUUGGAUUCUGUCCCUGGAGAAGUGAAUCAAGAAAACAGUAAUGAUGAAGUCCGGAAUGUUUUAGCAACGUUGCAAAGUUUACCAUCACAAUUCCCAUCUCGCAAGUGGCUUGUGAGUCAUCUGAUGGGACUUGAUUACUCUAAAGCACUGUCAGACUGGAUAGGCACCAACCUGAAAAAAGUUGGUGAUCAUGAGACAUGGAUAUUUGAUCUUCAAAAUGCUAAGGAGAUGUUCGAUUCUUACUGUGAGAAGUCCUAUUGGAAUCUAUUGGAGAACCCUCCCAAAGGUAUGGAAAUAGUAAUUGUGCGUGCUGAAAAAAGUGAUAGAUGGGACCAAGAUGCUAUUGAGAGGAUCCAGAAACUAGCCAGUCAGGGAGGAUCCGACUCUCCUGGAAAAGUUUCCUUCUGUGUUGUUCAAAAUGCUGGUCAUUGGGUUCAUGUAGAUAACCCAAAGGGACUUCUUGAGAUCGUGGCUUCCAAGAUAGCAUCCCUUUAAUUCCUGCUUUAGUUGAACUAUGGGGCAUCCAUCGUUGAAAAUUGUUGCGUCCAGAGUCAAAAUUCUUAACAAUACGCAGAAGUGGUUGGCCGGUAAUAACAUUAAUUCUGUACAAUUUUAUGAACUACCAAAUAAUUUAUUCACACACAAUUCAUUGUAAUGCGAAUAUCUUUGCGCAGAUUUUGAAACCACUACUCAACUAAAUAAAACCCAUAAGGAUUCAUAAUUGUUAAGAA